AUGCUACGUCGGCAACUAUUAGUUCUGCUUUUAUUUGUCUUAUUUACUGCUAAUUUGGCUCAAAAAUAUGUUCCUAAUGAUCGAAAUGAUAAUGACGAAAAUGAUGAUGAAGAUCAAGUUCAACCAGUCAAUCGAGUGCAGCCGCCAAGUAACAACAAUCUUAAACCUGCUUCAAGUAUUAAUGCUAAUGUUCCACCCGCUUCUGAUCCAUUAGCACCACGACGAUAUAUUGAUUCAAAUCGUCGACCAUCGUCAUCAUUACCAACACCACUGGCUGCCAGUAAAGAAUGCGAAUCAGAUGUGCAAAAAUAUUGCGGUAAAGGUAGUAAACAGUUGCUCUCAAAUUUAAAAGUAUUACAAUGUGUUGAUGAUCUUGAUAACGCAGUGAAUUUAAUUAAUAAAGAUUGCCAACAUCGUAUCUACCAAUUUAAAUAUAAUAUGACACAUGAUCCACGUUUUGACGAUGCAGCUGUAAGACAGUGUUCAAAAGACAUUAAAUUAUUCGACGAAUGCGAAGCAUAUGUUACUAAACGUGGUUCGGGUCGUCUUGUUUCAUGUUUAUAUGAUUAUUUGGCUAAUAUAACUGAGCCAUCGUGCCGUUAUUUUAUUAAUCAAAUGCAAGCCAUUGUUUUUAGUGAUUGGCGUUUGACAGAAUAUUUUUCUGAUGCAUGCUCAGCAGAUAUUGCAAAGCUUGAAUGUGGUCGAUUAGACGAUGAAAAUGAAUCAAUUCCACAUGAACAAGGUGCUGUUAUUUCAUGUUUAUCAGAAAAAUACGGCCAACUAACGAUAACAUGUCGUAAAGAAAUCUUUCAUUUAGCUGAAAUGCAAUCGGAUGAUUAUCAUCUUGAUCGUGCACUGUAUUAUGCAUGUCGCGACGAUCGUGAACGUUUAUGUUCUCAAGUUUCAAGUGGUAAUGGUCGAGUUUAUCGAUGUUUAUAUGAAAAAAAAUUUGACAGUAUGAUGACACCAGCUUGUCGCAAAGAAGUUCAUCGACGACAAUCAUUAGUAGUUGCAGACGUGAAGUUUGAUGCUCCAUUAAUUCGAGCAUGUAAGGGUGAAAUGAUUCAACACAAAUGUAACGUUGAUGCUGUAGAAGGUGAUCAACGAUCAUCAUUGGUCAAAUUACUUUUAUGUCUUGAAGAUACAUUGAAAAAAGGUCACCAUAUUCAAGAUGAAUGUCGGCGCGAAAUGCUUGUUCAUCGUCGCAUGUUAAUGUCUGACUAUGCUCUUUCACCUGAAAUCGUAUCGGAAUGUAAAACUGAAAUGAUUCAACAUUGUCCAUCAUUGUUUCAGCAAGGCGCUAGCGGUUCAAUUGGCCAACGCGGUGGCAAAAUGAUUCAUUGUUUAUUGGGUGCUGCACGAAAAGAAAGAAGUUUUAGUAGUCGAUGUUUAACGGUUAUUAAUGCAUUGGUACGUGCAGUUGAUCCGGGCAAUGAUAUACGUGCUGAUCCAUUACUCGAAACAGCGUGUCGGCCUGUCAUUGAUACAUUGUGUCCAAGAAUGAAAGCUGGAAAUUCCAAUGUUGUUUUAUGCCUAUUGGACAAUUUGAAAAAUGCACGCAUGACAGAAGAAUGCGAAGAUCGUCUUAUGGAAGUUGCUUAUUUCAUGGCACGAGAUUGGAGAUUAACACCAAGAUUAAUGCGAACAUGCCAAACAAAUCUUAAAACAUUUUGCCAACUUCCAGAAGACUGGUCGAUGAAUAAAGAAUUAAAUGAUGUUCAAGUUGGAAUGUAUUUAGGAUGUCUAUAUCAACACCGAAAAAAUCUUGACCGAGAAUGUCAAGGUGAAUUAAAACGAAUUAUGCAUAUUCGAACACAAGCUAUCGGUUUAAUGCCUGAAAUCGAAGACAAUUGCUUGACAGAUUUGGCAACUUGCAAAAAUCCAGAAGUGAAAGGCGAAGAAUUCAAAUGUUUACAAAAGAAAUAUAAUAAACUUGAAGAGCAAUGUAAAGCCGCUGUUCGAAAUUAUACACAAAUGACAAUGUCUGAUCCUACUCUUGACUUUCUUUUAAUGAAAGCAUGUGAACCAAUGAUGCAAACCUUCUGUGCGAAUAUUGAAAAUGGACAUGAAAACGAUUUAAUACGUUGUUUAAUUAAACAUAAACAUGAACAAAAAAUGGAUUUUCGCUGUAAAGCGGGUAUUGAUCAUCAUCAAAUUACAAGUAUGAAAGAUGAAGCAUUUUUAAGUCAACAAUUCCGAACCAAAUGCAACGCUGAAGUGAAUGAACAUUGUACAGGAAAGAAAACAAAAGCUGGUGUUAUUCAAUGUCUUGCUGAUUUAAUGUUACGAGACGUAUUGAAAAAAACAAAUGCUAUUAGAGAAUCCUGCCGUGAUGAACUUAGAUUUGAACUUCUUCAACGAAGUGAAAGUAUUGAUUUCGAUCCAUCAUUAGCGAAAGCAUGUCGAUAUGAUAUUAACCGAUUCUGCGCUGAUCGUACACCAGGAAAUGCUCAGAUUCUCGAUUGUCUAAAAGAAAAUCAUAAUAAAGUAUCAGCACCAUGUUUUGCUCGAUUACGAAAACGUGAAAAACUUGAUGUUAUUUUACCUGAGAAUGAUUAUAGUCUUAUGUCAAAAUGUGCAACAGUGAUUCAAAAAUAUUGUUCAAAUGAAAAGAAACAAAAUAUUUUAUCAUGUUUACGACAUAAUAUUAAUCAAGAUGCCAUGCCUAAUGUCUGUCGACGAAUUUUAUAUCAUCGUUUAAUGGUUCUUAAUAGCGAUGCUCGUUUCAAUAAAGGUUUAAUCGAAAAUUGCCAACGUGAUAUUGGUAAAUUUUGCCAAUCAGAAAUCAUUGAUCAAGAUAGUGACGACAAAGAUUCCGAUGAGGAUGAUGGAGACAACGAUGAUAAAGAUACCGAUAAAAAGGAUGAUCCGAAUCCGAGUCCGAAUACCGAUGAAAAUGGUGACGUAAAGGAUCGUGAAAUGGGUGGUCGAAUCAUACAAUGCUUACGUUCAAAAUAUGCCGAUACAACAAUUACAUUAGAAUCGCCAUGUGUUUCAGAAUUAAUCGAUGUUAUACAAACAUCGAAACUUGACAUUAAACUUGAUAUUAGACUUUAUCAAAGUUGCCGAAAAUCACUUAACAUUAACGGUCAAUGUGUUGGUAUGGAUCAAGAAGAUUGCUUGAAAAUACUUUAUCAACAGGGUAAACUUGAAGAUGACGAUUGCAAAGAACAAGUUAAACGUAUUAUACGAGAAGGUCAAGCUGAUAUACAUGUCGAUCGCGCAUUAUCAUUUGCAUGUCAAGCUGACGUCUUGAAAUAUUGUAAUGAUAUUCCGAUAGGAAGUGGAAAACAAUUACAAUGCUUAUUAAGUAUGGGUAAAUCAGUAACAAGUCAAUGCCAGAGUGUGUUAGAAAAACGACGCGAAUUAUGGAAAUCUGUACCCAAUGUGAACGGUGUCGUUGAAUUGGCAAAUGAAAUUCGAAAAUCUAAUAACAGUUUCUAUCUGUUCUCUGUUAUUCUUUUAAUAUUAUGUGUUAUGUUCAUGGCUGGUUGUGCUUGCCGUCCGUAUGUACGAUACAGCCGUGUCAGAAAAUACAAAUGA